GCUUCGCCUCGGGCACGAGGCGAUGAUGAAAACGUAGGCGGGAUUUGGCGCAUCCCCUCCGAUCGCAUGGAACUACGUCUGCAGUUCGUCUCGUCUUCUCUCGCUCAUCCUUUCUCUCUCGCCGUCGUCUGUACGUGCGGACAAAAGGGUAGAGAGAGAAUGCCUCCAAACGAGAGUCUUUUUCUUGCAGAAAAAGCUCUAGAACUCGAGAAACUCUAGAAAACACCAAUGGCCCAUCACUCCCCGAACCGCCGCCGUCCCCAUUAAAGCUCCUCCUUCUUUUACUUCUCCAAAGUUUCGGUGAAUGAGACCUUUUGAGAGAGAGAGAGAGAGAGGACAUGAUCAAUUCUUUGUGUGGCAGCAUGGGGUCGCUCAAGAGCGAGAGCUCAUGCGCCAGCAAGAACCACCUGUCGACGUCGCCGACUGGCUCGUCGUCCCUCUCCCUCGCAGAUUCCAAGAAGACGCCUCCUCCGACUGAGAUGGAUCGUAGCGGCAGCUUGACCCCGCCGAGCCUCAGCUUCCCGUCGCUCAAGGCCCAGAUGGAGGAAGAAGCCGAGGUCCAGUCCCCCACGACCGCCCUCCUCGAGUCCUUCUUCUCCGACCAGCUCGAUGGUGACUUCAUGAUCUCUUCCCCAGUGAGGGCCCCCAGUGGUACCGACGGUAAUCUUUCAUCGUUACCUCACAGCCCGAACUUCAGCUACAUCAACAGCUUGACCUAUGCCAACAACAUCCAAGGGCAGUCACUCUCGUGGUACUCUCCGCCACGGCUCUUCUCGUCGCCGCUCAGCCUGCUCCGAGGGAAGGGCAUGAGCCCUCUCCACAAGGUCAACAAUUCGUCCACCACCACCACCAACAACAACAACAACAAUAGCAGCAGCAAUAGCAAUAUUAAUAACAACGACAACCGCAGCAGCAAUAGUAAUAACAAUCAUAAUCAGUAUAUGCAAGUUGGUAGUAAUCUUGCUCUGCCUGCUAUCGAGGACUACUUGGAGGACUACCAGAAGGAUGAGUUCGGGGUGUACCCUUCGCAGUUCGACGCCAGCCCAAUGCUGGAGUGCGUGUCUGUAGGACCGAGGUAUGGCGGGCCGAUGAGCGAGACAGUGGGCAGCGCGUCUCAGCUCACUCAAGAGGGCGACGUGUACCAUCAGAUGAGCUGUGUGUCGAGUUCGCAGAUGCCUCUGUCUCAGCAGCUGCAACAAGAGCACCUCCACGAGAAGUGGCAACAGCAACAUGAUCAGUCGACCCAUCAGCAUCAGCAAAACAUGGCUGACACUUUAAUGAUGCCCAUAGCUAUUGGCUCCGAACAGGAACAAGACAGUGGGCUUCAACUAGUGCACCUCCUCCUCGCGUGUGCUGAAGCAGUGGCCAAAGAUGACUACAUGCUGGCCCGGAAGUACCUCCACCACCUCAACCGCAUCGUCUCGCCCAUCGGCGAUUCCAUGCAACGUGUCGCCUCCUGCUUCACCGAAGCCCUGAGUGCCCGCCUCACCGCCACCCUCACCACUCGCCCCACCUCGUCCUCAGCCAAGCCCUUCACACCCUUCCCCCCAAACUCCCCUGAAAUCCUCAAGUACUACCAAAUCCUCUACCAGGCCUGCCCCUACAUAAAAUUUGCGCAUUUCACCGCGAACCAAGUCAUCUUUGAGGCGAUCGAGUUUGAGGAGCGCGUCCACGUGAUUGACCUGGACAUCCACCAGGGCUACCAGUGGCCAGCCUUCAUGCAGGCCCUCGCUGCCCGGCCCGCAGGGGCCCCCUUCCUUCGAAUAACCGGAGUCGGCCCUGAGAUCGAGGCCGUGUGCGAGACUGGCCGGUGCCUCACGGAGCUCGCCCACUCCCUCCAUAUCCCCUUUGAGUUCCACCCGGUGGGCGAGCAGCUUGAGGACCUCAAGCCCCACAUGCUGAACCGACGGGUCGGGGAGGCACUGGCAGUGAGCUCCGUGAACCGCCUCCACCGCGUCCCCGCACAUUGCCUCGGGAGCCUGCUCUCCAUGAUCCGCGACCAGGCCCCGAACAUCGUGACCCUCGUCGAGCAGGAGGCGAGCCACAACGGGCCCUACUUCCUGGGCCGGUUCCUCGAGGCGCUGCACUACUACUCGGCCAUCUUCGACUCACUGGACGCCACGUUCCCGCCGGAUUCGGCGCAGAGGGCGCAAGUGGAGCAGUACAUCUUCGCACCGGAGAUACGGAACGUGGUGGCAUGCGAGGGGGCGGAGCGGACGGUGCGGCAUGAGCGGCUCGAGAAGUGGAGGAAGGCGAUGGAGGGGAAGGGGUUCAAGGGGGUGCCGCUGAGCGGGAACGCGGUGACCCAGUCGAAGAUCUUGCUGGACCUGUACUCGAGCGACGGGUACCGGUUGACGGAGGACAAGGGCUGCUUGCUCUUGGGUUGGCAAGAUAGGGCCAUCAUGGCCGCGUCUGCAUGGCGGUGUUAAAAAUUUAAGCUUUUCCUUCUUCUUUCCCUCUCUCUACGUGCAGUUUGUCUCUUUUGCCCUUGUUGAUUUCUGCUUUUUACGCAAUGGACCGGUUUCGUGGAAGUUAAAAUUAAUGGAAAGAGUUGGAAAGAGA